CGCACUUCAGUGUAAUCACUUUUCCGCGAGAAAAAUAAAGCGCUCAAACUUGUGAUAAGUUUUCAGUCUAAAAUAAUUGUAAAUGGCUUUUUGUUUAACAAUUGUAACAGUAACAAGUGCGUAUUGUAGCAAUACGUUUAUGCUGUUUUCACUUUCCAGAUUGUUGCGUCUAGCUUCUUUCCAGCAGUUCGAGGACAGAAGGAGCAUUGAACAUUGCCAGCUUUAUUAUAUGUGAGAGAUAUCACACAGUGCACGGGCUUGCAGAAUUUUUUACUUACUCUUCUCAGUCUCUGGAAAAAUUUUUGACGAAAUCUGGGACUCCACCACUAACUUUAACAGUGUGUAUUAUCCUGUGGUACACAGGUUACUUCGCGAGCGCAUGUUGCGACACGCUGAAGCUGGGAAGUAAUAUUUCAAAAGUGCAGAGAUUUGCUGUGUGCCAAUGUGAAAAACAGCACAAUUCGGGAUCUGUACGAGUCAGUACGAGGCACCAUUCAACCAAAUUCUGGUUUAGGGAGACGUUUAGUUAGCUAGAGACAACUGAAAAAGAUAGGGCAGCGGCAGCCUACUAGAGCGUGGAUAAUCAGGUGGCUGUUUUUUAUGAUAUUGGCGAUACGAUGAGGAUAUUCAAACCAUUACUGCACUGGCAUGGCGCGCGGGAGCGGUCUAAGCCCGUCUACAGCGUCACUUUCGCACCCCACAACCAGCCUGUCACACUAGCAGAUCCUCUGUGCAUGCUCACGUGCGGGGAGUCCAUCUGCAGUUGGGAGAUUGUUCCCGGAUUCGCCAGUGAUACUGGCGAGCCCAAGGUGGAAUUUCGUGCUGAAUUCGGUUGGGAACAGCACCUGUAUGACGUGUACAAUGUGCGCAGUAGUCCACAGGAUGACAGUGUAUUGGCCGGCGAUGGUACGGGGACCAUUGUGAUUUGGAAGAAAAUCCCGCACGAGAAGGGAUGGCGGAAGAUUAUGGGGCAGCAGGAUGCGCAGAUUGAAAUGUCGGAGGAAUGGAGACCACAGACCAUGGGCGCAAUACAACGACAGAAGCUGGACAUUACGGGGCUGGCCUGGUCACCCGAUGGCCGCUUCUAUGUAGCUGCGUCGCUGGAUAGUUCGCUGCAAGCGGUCGUUGUGGAUAUUUCGACCAAAGGCAUAUCGAAGGAAUUAAUUCACGGAGAUGGUCCAGUACUGGGAUGUGCCUGGGAUCCGAAUUCCAAAUACGUUAUCACUUUGUCAACGGACCGUCGUAUGCGUGUUUUCGAGCCAUUAUGUACCGAUGGGGAGUACCGUCUGAAGCCGGUUUACGAUAUUUCUAAGGAUAUGAAUGGAGAUUGGAUGUUUUACGAUGAGUUCGCCGCUUCUUUCCGGCGGCGAGCGGAUUUCUCCUCUGAUGGGCAGUUACUGAUUGUUCCAGCAGGAAUCUACAAGGACACUCCUUGUUCCUAUGUGUUUCGGUUUGGCGCCAAUAAAUUCAGCCGACCCGUGGCGGUGCUGCCCAGUAACGGCCCGACGGUUUGUGUGAAAUUUUGUCCCAAGCGUUUUGCUUUGCGGAACAGCGAAACGGCCGCGGGUAGCGGUCUGAACGACACUCUCGUAAACGGCAAAGUGGACGAGGACGUUAUUAUGGGCGGUGAUAAACUGGAUGCCACGGGGUCGGAUCAAGGGAUGGACGUGUCGACUGUGUCAGGGCCAAAGCAGUCGAACCCGGUUAUAGUUUCCGGGCUAAAGUGCCGAUACAUUUUCGCUGUGGUUACAGAAUACCCGUUGGAGAUUCAUCUUUAUGAUACAGAAAUGGCUAGACCGUUCGCUGUGAUGGGGAAUCUGCACGUGCAAGAUGUGACGGAUUUGGCAUGGUCGUCAGAUGGUCGAGUGCUGGUCGUUACGUCCGGGGAUGGGUUCGUCAGUUUCGUGGAAUUUGAUGAAGCCGAGCUGGGAGAGGAAUACACACCGAUCGGGGAAAAUAACGAGUCCACUUCUGCUGCUGCAUAGCUUGUCUGCUUCUGAUUCGUUUGUGAAAGAAACUUAUUGAUGGAACAAAAAUAUUGGGAUUUUAAUUUUAUAUUAUGUUGACAUUUUCGUUUUAUUAUUCUGUUUCCCGAGAUUCAGAAUCUUGAUAUUUUCUGUAAUUUUUUCGGUUUUAUCAUCUUGCUUCCUUCGAUUACCGUUUUUCGAGUAGUUACUCGCAUAAAUUUCUGAUCUUUGAAUCCCUGUUAAACGUUACUAUGCGUAGUUGGCAGUGCACUGUGCGGCCGUUAUGCUUCUCAAUUACUGACGGAGUAUUCAUGGGAUAGCGUUACAUCCCGGGUUCAGUGGCACCGUAUGUAAAACA